AUGUCUGCACCACCAAUCUGUCCCAAUCUCUGCCCCACCAAUCUGCCCCAAUCUCUACCUCACCGACAUGUCCCAGUCUCUACCUCACCCAUCUAUCUUAGUCUCUGCCCCACCAGCCAGUCCCAGUCUAUGCCACAUCCAUCUAGCUCAGUCUCUGCCUCAGCGACCUGUCCCAGUCUCUGCCUCACCCAUCUAUCUCAGUCUCUACCUCACCCGCCAGUCCCAGUCUCUGCCACAUCCAUAUAUCUCAGUCUCUACCUCACCAGCCAGUCCCAGUCUCUGCCACAUCCAUCUAGCUCAGUCUCUGCCUCACCGACCUGUCCCAGUCUCUGCCACAUCCAUCUAGCUCAGUCUCUACCUCACCGACCUGUCCCAGUCUCUGACACAUCCAUAUAUCUCAGUCUCUACCUCACCAGCCAGUCCCAGUCUCUGCCACAUCCAUAUAUCUCAGUCUCUACCUCACCAGCCAGUCCCAGUCUCUGCCACAUCCAUAUAUCUCAGUCUCUACCUCACCAGCCAGUCCCAGUCUCUGCCACAUCCAUCUAUCUCAGUCUCUACCUCACCAGCCUGUCCCAGUCUCUGCCACAUCCAUCUAUCUCAGUCUCUACCUCACCAGCCAGUCCCAGUCUCUGCCACAUCCAUCUGUCUCAGUCUCUACCUCACCAGCCUGUCCCAGUCUCUACCUCACCCAUCUAG